UUAGCACCAGCUCAACCGAGAUCUUCUCUCACCCACCGUUCACCCUACAGCAGCAACAACGCAAUGAAGUCCUUUUUCUGUGUCGCUUCCUUCUUCCUCCUAGUAGCAUCGGUGCAUGCAUUCACCUUGCGCCAGCAGAAGAUGGUAAGCAUUUUCGCACUGGAGUGUAUGGCCGAGACAGGCAUUGGGGCUGAAUCGCUGACCAAGCUGCGCGAUGGCGAUCUUACCGCGAACGACCGGACCGCGAAAUGUUUCAUGAAAUGUUUCUUCGAGAAGGAGAGCUUUAUGGAUGCGGAGGGUAAGCUGCAGCUGGAAGCGAUCGCCACGGCGCUGGAGAAGGAUUACGACCGGGCCAAGAUUGACGAGAUGCUGGAAAAGUGUGGCGAGCAGAAGGAGGAUGCCUGCGAGACGGCGUUCAAUGCGUACGAGUGCUAUCACGAUCACUAUCAGAACCUCUAAGUAAAUACGUAAACGAUCGAAGCGAGGCACGGCUUGAUAGUAUAGUCAAAUCAAAAGCUCCUCAGUGCGAUAGAGUCAAGUGAAAAUAAACAUUUUAUA